GUUGUGCCGCAGUUGAACGCGUCGGUUCAACGUUGAUUCGACAUAACUUAAUCAAUCCACAAAUACUUAUAACGCGUCUCUGACUUGAUUCCUAUUCUUCUACGGUGCAUGGCGAGAAGGAGACGAACGAUAACUACACGUCCAGGCACAUUCGACCCAGAGGAUGCUCGCCGUGUCAAGCACACCCGCAUCGGCGUAUGGGACCUCUACGAGGAUCGCCAGACUGAUAUGCCACGCAUACCAGGCUCAUCAAGAUUGGAGACGUAUGCACAGAUAGUUCAAAGCAUGCCCCACGUACUGCGCAUGUUAAAGGAUAUACUCAGCAUCAGACAGUGCUGCCUACUACUCCCUGUAUUCUUGGUAGUGGAAGUUUUAGCUUCCCUCACACCCGCCAUAUCCCUAUGGUAUUCCGGACAACUGCUGCGCCUUGUAGAGACCGCAAUUGAGACACGUACUGUGGACACAACAGUUCUCAUUCAUGUUGCAAUAGGACGCGUUGCGUGCACAGUCGCGACGCGUCUUCUCCAAUACGCCCGAAGCCGCAUCGUCAUCCCUAUAAACAUGUCCAUUAAACAAUUCUAUGCUGGGCACAUAUUCCACUCCAUGGCACGUCUUGACGUUCCUACAUUUGAAGACUCUGCCGUUCAAAGGCAGCUCGAGUCCGCGUGGGCGUCCCCUUGGGGCACUAGCGUAGCUUGGGAAACCGUCCAGAGUUCAACGAACGUCGUGAUGACGGUUAUUCGUUUGGUCUCUCAGUUUUCAGUUCUAUUUACAGUUUUGCGCGAGCAGCAAGAUGGUGCUUUGCUUGCAAUUCUCAGCUUCUCGCAAUCUAUAUUUCAGUGGUACAGCACAAGCAAGGGAGUGUUUGGCUCAUUAGUUUGGGCGGCUACCACGAGCAACGAAGAUUAUGUUCGCAUGCAAGGCCUUAAACACCUGGUCGAUAACCCUUCACACCGAAAGGAAGUUGUCGCAGGUAACCUUGGCGAAUAUGUCACUGCACAAUUUCGUGAAUCCGCCAAGCGCGUCGGUGAUGAUGCGGGCGAGUUCCCAGAGUUGCGUCGAGCCCAUACUAUCAAGGAUCGUUUGAGUAUCGCGUCCAUCCUCCGCGAACCAAUGCGGGAACUACCCCAGAUUGUCUUCACCCUACGUGCAGUACAAAAACCAAUGACCAUUCCUCUCUCGCUGGCGUCACUUACACUAAUCAAUCAAACAUCUAACUCAUUCAGCACCACGCUUUUCUCACUGUUCGGAGAGUCAUUCUCUCUCGCAGAGCAGUUUGCCAAUGUACGCAAGUUGUAUGAAAUCGAGAACGUGCAAAAUAAGGUAGUAGAUGGCGCGGAAUCGUUUCCCGAGAACCAGCAGGCUCUCAAGAGUGGUAUUUCUGUUGAGUUUAGGAAUGUUUCGUUCCGGUACCCUGGUGCAGAGAAGUAUGCUCUCCAGAAUGUUUCGUUUACAAUUGGAGCUGGUCAGCUUUGCGUCAUUGUCGGGGUGAACGGCUCUGGUAAAAGCACAAUCUUGAAACUCAUCUGCCGCAUCUACGACCUGACGGAGGGCACUAUCUUUGUUGAUAACCGUGAUAUCAAGACCCUCAGACUAGCAGACCUCCGCGCCGCUAUGUCCAUUCUCUUCCAAGACUACACGCACUUUCCCCUCUCGAUAAGCGAGAAUAUUGGACUUGGUAACCCUGCCCUUGCGCACGACUACGACAAGGUCCGUGAAGCCGCCCGUCUGGGCGGCGCAGAACACUUUAUAGAUGAGCUCCCUGACGGGUUCGACACCUACCUCGACCGUCCAGUCAAGGACUACUACGCAGGCCUCCCUGAAGGCACCACGAUGCUCUUUGGUAGAUCGGUCGACUACUCUCGUGUACGAGGUGUUGGGGGUCUCCGUGUUUCUGAGGCUUCAAGUCUCAGUGGCGGGCAGAUGCAACGACUUGCAGUAUCCCGCACGUUCAUGCGCUCUUUGGCCUCCGAGACAGAGUCUUCCGCGGGCAUGCUGUUAUUCGACGAGCCGAGCGCCUCUUUAGACCCUACAGCUGAACACGGUGCGCUGCAACAUGCCCAAUUUGGGAUGACUAAAACUUCUCUCGAAAUAGAUCUUUUCGAGCGCCUAAGGAAGUUGAGGGGCAACAAGACCAUGAUAUUCUCAUCGCAUCGGUUCGGGAACCUCACCCGACAUGCAGAUCUCAUCUUGUACAUGGACGAAUCUGUUGUCCAGGAAGAAGGCACGCAUGACGAUUUAUUGAAGAGAGGGGGAGAGUAUGCUCGUAUUUGGAAUUUACAAGCGAAAGCUUUCAUUUAACGAACCAGAGACGAACUGCACGCUAUCCAUGAUUGAUCAUGGAACCACUCUGUGUCAGUGAAUCCUAUCCUAGUGCGCCACACAGUCGUUCACGCAAGUCAAACGCGCACAAAGACAUUUCACACGAUAUUCCUGAAACUGUUCAUGCAUUCCUUUUAGCGCAUACCCGGCUGGGCCGUUUUUCCGAGCAUCCCGCGCAGCUGUGGUCACAAUUCACAAUUCCACUCCCGAUCAAUAUGGAAAACGAGACUCUGCAUCUGAUACCAUACACCUGCAGACCAAAAUGACGGAGGCGAUAGUCCAGUGGUGCAUGUCAUUUUUGCCACAGGGAGUCGCGUAGAGUAGCACCUCGAAUUAAGUGGGACACAUUUCAUGCAGCCCCGCAGGACUGAAGGCGAUCGUGGGAAUACACUCAGCGUC